AUGUCGAACCAGGAGCUCGUCCACGCCUACCGACAUCUUCUACGAUGGUCGUUGAGGGCCGUGCAGUUCUCCAAGCCGGCGCGCUUUGUGGUUCGAGACACUCUCCGUGCAGCCUUCCGCGAUAAGAAUGGCACUUUUGAGCCCUCGAGGGUCAAGUCAACGUUGUGGUUUCUCGAGUCGGCCGCGACGUAUAUCCAGAACAAAAGCACCGGGCCAUGGAGGAUCAGGGCGCAGACACUUUCCAAGUCCCAGCAUGUCCGAAGUCCGGGCAACAGUGGCCAGGAGCGGCUCGAAGCCGGCCUCAGUGCCAGCAUUUUGUAUGCGAUAUCUGGCAUGCCCCCUUCAAGCAGAUCCACGGACGGGAAAAAGGAGGCGAUCACAAGGGGCCAAACCGAGUCAGAUGAGUCGGCUCCAAUUGUCGUGAUUACUCCACAAAUUGGAGACACUUUUGCACACCGUCGGAUCUUUCCCCAGGUUUCUCCGCAUUUGAUUUUUGAUGAUAGUGGUGUAAAUGGUGGUUUGCGGUCUUGUCAUUGGGGUGGCCAGCCAUGUCCCACAAGUGAGGCCCAAGAGGACGCCGUCGAUGCUCACAAUGCUCUUCCGAGUAGCAACUUCUGGGCUUCGGAUGAUGGUGGACUGCGGGCUGUCAACCAAAAAAGGGAAGGCAAGCGGUGCUGCAUCAGUGACGGUAUGAUGUUGGCUGGGAUUGAGACUUUUAAGGCCGAUCCCAUUUACCGACGGUUCGAGAUUGCUUUGGCACUGGAGAUCUCCAGAGCGAAUUAUUGAUGGCGACUGCUGUAGUCGCACUGAUAUGGGCGAUUGUCGACUGCAAAGAUGAACGGAAAUGAGACGCCUUUUGAAGGCACGGGGAUCGUGGCCCCACAAGAAGCAGGCCAGAUCGGUCACAUCCGUCAUAUUGUGGAAAAAAAAAAACAAAGUUUGAAGCGGUUCAAGCAGCAUCUUGAGGUACCGGUAAAGUGAAACCCCGCGCCAGUUGCAUUACAGAGUACAUGCGAGAGCUUUACCUCAGAUUUCGGGCAACAGUGUUAAGAGACUUGGAGGGGC